CCGGUAGCGGUAAAUCGACUCGUAAGUUCAUCUUUGACUUUGUGGAGUCGUUUUGGUAGGGACUGACUGGGAUAUAUUAUGAAUGCAGAGGUGCCACAGUUUAUAUGGUCGAUGGAUCGCAGGAAAGAGCGGAUUGCGGUCACCCAGCCCCGACGAGUUGCUGCUAUCAACCUCGCCAAACGAGUGGCGGAAGAGACGAAGACCGAGCUUGGGCAGGAGGUAAGUGCCAAUCCAUGCCGGCAGGGCUGGCCGAAUGCUGACGUUUUCUGUUGUUGGGUAGGUCGGUUACACUGUGCGAUUUCAAAAUAUGAGCAGGCUUCAGACGCGGAUCAAGUUCCUGACAGACGGUAUGCUCCUUCGUGAGCUACUGCUGUACCCCAAUCUUGAGCAGUACACGACAAUCAUCCUCGACGAAGCCCACGAGCGCACGGUGGUGACCGAUCUGUUGAUGGGAUUUCUCAAGAUCCUGGUCGAAUCGAGAGACGACCUGCGGCUGAUUGUCAUGUCUGCCACUUUGGACGCCGACCGGUUCAGUCGGUUUUUCAACGGCGCGGAAGUGCUGUACGUGCAAGGACGGAAGUUUCCCGUGACGAGGAUGUAUCUUAAUAAACCGGUCGAGGACGUUGUCGACGCUACUGUCCGCGCGGCUUUACAGAUCAAUAUCGGAGAGCCUACGGGGGACGUUUUGGCAUUUUUGGCGGGACAGGAGGAUAUUGAUAAAGCGGUAGAUAUGCUUAAUGAGUUUUCAAAGAGCAUGCCGAAAGGAGUGCCUGAGAUGGUCGUCUUACCGCUCUACGCGGCACUUCCCCAGAACCAGCAACAAGAGGUGUUUGAACCAUUAUCAGGCCACAAACGAAAGAUCAUCCUCGCCACCAACAUCGCCGAAACCUCACUGACAAUCUCCGGCGUGCGCUACGUGAUUGACAGCGGGACUCACAAGGUCAAGGUCUGGCGGCACGAUCUCGGACUAGAUAGUUUACUCACCGUGCCGAUUUCAAAGUCGAAUGCCGCGCAGAGAAUGGGUCGAGCGGGUCGAGAGGGGCCCGGAAAAUGCUAUAGGUUGUAUACCGAGGAGGAUUACUUGGGAUUGAGGCCGCAGAGCGAGCCGGAGAUUGAGAGAUGCGAUGUUGCGUUUCCGAUUUUGACGCUGAAAGCGGCGGGUGUCAAAGAUGUUUUGGGAUGGAGCUGGCUUGAGAGGCCCACAAAAGGCGCGAGUAAGUUGUUCUCAUAUUUUUGGUUAUCGGGAGAAGCUUUACUGACGACGAGGUAAUUAGUCAUGUCGGCAUUGACACAGCUAUACGCAUUAAAAGCCUUGGAC